AUGGAAGCAGCAUGCCGUGACCAUAAUAAAACGUGGAGAGCCACUGUGAACUUCACGUGGAGAAGAUUCGACGAGAGUCACGUCGAGAAUAUUGAUUUGGAUCUGUUGUGUCGUUGCCGUGUGUAUGAUCAAUUGAAAGAGACAUUCCAGAAGAAUUUCUGUCCAAAUAAUGAUAUCGAGUUCUCGUGGUUUACUGCGGAGGGAAGAAAAAUAAUCACUUCUGGAUAUGAAGUCUACAACCAUAUUCUUCCGGCCUAUCCAAAUAAGUUUUAUCUUCGUUUGGGAGUUCAGAUUAUUGAGACUCCAGUAUUGGGAAGACUCGCCGAGUUGAAUACUCUUGUGAAGGAGUGCAAGUCGGCAAUGAAUUCGGACAAGAAGUGGAGAAUGUUGAAGGAUACAGAAAUCGCAGAAGAGCAACUCUCAAUUCGCGAACUUCUCGAAAAACAACAAAAAGAAUUGCAAGGAUUGAAAGAGGAUAUGGCAGCAUUGAAGAUUGAAAAUGAACGUCGUCUCAAAGAAGAACAGAAGCAAUUCUCUCGUUUGGAAGUUCAUAAUGCGGCUUGUGACCAAUGUGGUGACUUGAUUAUCGGUCAUCGUUUUAAAUGUACCAUCUGCAUCGACUAUGAUCUCUGUCCAAAAUGUGAAUCUCGUGGAGCACAUCCGAAUCACGCUCUUCUUCGUAUUGUAUCCACUCAACAUACUACUGUACCGGAUCAUUUGGUUCCGGAGAAGAAACUACCGUGUCAGUCGAUUCCAGAGAAGAAAGUGCCUGGUCGGUUGAUUCCAGAGGAAAAACUAUCCAGUCAACGGACUCCAGAGAAUAUGGCAUCCGUUCAGAUGGCUUCAGAUGAGCUCAAGUUUCUUCGUGAUAGAGGUCUUGAGAAUUUUGAAAGGUUUGAAACUGUUUUUGAUGGAACUCGAAACGGUUUUGGAUUCGAAUCAUUCUUCAAACCUACAGUUGAUAACCUUCCUGAACAACCACGUAAAUUUUUUAAUGGUAUCACUCACGGACCAGAAGUUAACAAACUUCGUAUGGCUUCUAAAAGCACACAGUCUAGUGAUAAUCCACGCAUAUUCCCUUUACAUUCCGUAUCGAAGAUUUUGUCUGCUACGUCAUCAGGCAAUAUUAGUCAGUUCAAUGGUUCGUCCUCGAACAAUCUGAUGGAUGACAACUUCAACAAGAAGAAAGAAAAGAAAGACAAAGAGGAUGACCAGGAUAAUAUCGAAUACUGGAUUCGUUUCUUCAAACAAAACAAGGAGGAAUGUCUAAACGAGAGUGAUUCAGAUGAUGAUUCUGAUGAUUCUGAUGAGUCGGACUCCAAUUCUGUUUCCAAUUCCGAUAGCGAUUCUGGUUCUGACACUGACUCUGAUUCUUCUUGCUCUUCCGACUCGUCCUGCUCUUCUGCUUCAUCUGGUUCAUCCACCUACACCGCAUCCUCUGACUCUACGAAAUCCUCGGAUGUCUCUUUGUCUUACGAAAUGCUCUCAAAUGUACUUCGAGACCUCAAUGUAGACAAAAACUCGAAUGAAAGUUCUGGAAACAGCACGAGUGAAGAGUAUGAAAUAGUCGACGACAAAGAAGAAGAAGACGAUGAGAUGCACACUGCCGUUGCACCAACUCCAGAAGCCAAAGAUUGA